AUGAUGGAAUCAGGUGUUUUUCUGAUGCGUUUAAUGGUGCUGUUGGUGAUUGUGACGAGGGUGGUGCAAGAUGUGCGGAUAGCUUCAAUUUGGACGAAGCGCGAUCGAAUCACAACAGACGGGUCCGGGGUCGGGGAGAGGAUGCGCGAUAGCAGGACCGCAACACGUCAUAAACGGACAAAAAAGUGCAUCGCAUGA